AUGAGAAGCAUACUAUGGUGUUGUAUAUUGAUAGGGGCGCUGGCAUAUGUCAGUUGCCGGGAAGUGACUCGGGAGAAGCGGGAUGCCGAUCUUGAAACGGCUGCUUCAGGACAUGGUGGCAAAUGGGACAAAGGUGGUGGACACGAACAUCAUGCUCAUCAUCACCAUGACCACGGAGAUAAGGGUCAUAAGGGUUAUAAGGGUCACCAUCAUCACGAGCAUGGUAAAAAAGGACACCAUCACCACGAAGGACACAAAGGACAUCAUGACGAACAUGGCGGACAUAAGAAACACCAUCAUCAUGAUGACGGCCAUCACCAUGAGCAUCAUCAUGGCGAAAAGGGACACAAAGGACAUGGUCACCACGAAGAGGGACACUAUCACAAAGGACACUCCACAAAAGGACAUCACGGAGUACAUAAACACGACGAAUUCAAAAAGGAAAAGCAUUUCCACGAUCAUCAUCAUGACGGUGGUCACCAUGAACACCAUGGCGGGCAUCACGAAGAGCACGGCCAUAAGAAAGGCGGUGAAUUCCAUAAAGGACACAAGCAUGGCGGACAUCACCAUCACGAGCAUGGUAAGAAAGGUCAUCAUGAGAAGGGUGGACACCAUCAUGACCACAAGGACCAUCACGAUGAAGGAGGUCAUCAUGAGCAUCAUCAUCAUCAUCAUGAUCAUGGAAAGAAGGGUGGUCAUGAAGACCAUAAGCACUGGGGCUUUAAAAAGGGGCACAAAUAA